AAACUGUUACUGUCAAAUUACGUCAAGUUAUCAAUUCGGGUUGGGAUUUCCUAAUAUUUGGAAUUUAUUAAUUUUAACAGUAAAAACAACCAUAAUUAGUUUCUUAUAUUUAUUUCGCAUUUUCCGCAUUCUCUUUUAAUCAUGACUGACCAACAAAUGGAUUGUGCUUUAGACCUGAUGCGGAGGUUGCCUCCGCAGCAGAUUGAGAAGAACUUGACAGAUUUGAUAGAUCUUGUGCCUAGUAUGUGUGAUGACCUGCUCUCGUCUGUGGACCAGCCGUUAAAGAUUGCUCAGGAUCGUAGCACGGGGAAGGACUACUUACUGUGUGAUUACAACCGCGACGGAGACUCGUACAGGUCUCCAUGGUCAAAUACAUACGACCCGCCGCUUGAAGAUGGGUCGAUGCCGUCAGAGAGGCUGAGGAAGUUAGAAAUCGAUGCUAAUCACGCCUUCGAUCAGUACAGAGAGAUGUACUUCGAAGGUGGCGUCAGCUCAGUGUACCUGUGGGACAUGGAUCACGGAUUUGCUGGUGUAAUAUUGAUAAAGAAAGCUGGCGAUGGGUCCCAAAAGAUCAAAGGCUGCUGGGACUCCAUCCACGUGGUAGAGGUGAUCGAGAAGAGCUCCGGCCGCAAUGCGCACUACAAGCUCACAUCUACCGCCAUGCUGUGGCUUCAGACUAACAAGGAGAGCAGCGGGACCAUGAAUCUUGGGGGCAGUCUUACUAGACAGGCAGAACAAGACUCAGCAGUAAGCGAUGUGACUCCCCACAUCGUAAACAUUGGCCGCAUGGUCGAGGACAUGGAGAACAAGAUCAGGAACACGCUCAAUGAUAUCUAUUUCGGUAAAACAAAAGACAUAGUGAACGGCCUCCGGUCAGUGGUGCCAGCCGAGCUGGUGCAGCGCAAAGCAGCGCUUCAGCACGACCUGGCGCUCGCGCUGCAGCGCCGGCACGUCGCGCGCGACGACUGAGCUAUGACGUAUUUACAUGAGGUGGAGAUAUUGGGUAAAUUGUGUUAAUUAAGGAUCGCUCACGAAGAAAAGUGAAAUUACGAAAUUGUGGAAACUUAUGAAGGAUAAUUUAAUAAAAAAAAGUAUAUUUCUCGUCUAUUAAUAAAUAGUGUAUUGAAUUUAGAAAUAAAUCAAUGCGGCCAGUAUGGUGCUUUGAACAAAUAGUCCUUAUAUUUAUAUAUUUUUUCUUCAUAAAUAUUAUUGGAAUGUAAGCAUGUAAACUAUGUAAAAAAAUGUCUCAUUAUGGAAUUAAAUUCGCCCAAGUAUCAUCCAUCUCAUUUACAGUUGCAUUUUUUAUUGCUUAGUAUUUUCUUUUUUGUAGUAUAUAAACAAAAUGUAUUUUUAUCUUAAGGUUCUAUGUAAGAGAUACAACAUUACAUAAUUAUAAUGUUAAGGCAAUGCAACAAGCCAAUUUUAAUGUUGCAAUUGAUUUCACAUAAUAACAAUAGAUUUUAAUUGGCCUCUCUAAAUAUAUAUUUAUCCGCA